UCCCAACCCUAUUAUGCGAUUCUCGAUUCGUGUUUGAAUUGGCACAAAUGGCUGAAAUCCUAAGCCCUAGUAGGAGGCAAAGAAUUCCGGUGGCAUCUCCGACCAGCCCCUUCUUCUUGGGCUCCAACGACGACAGACGAGAGCGGGCCCAGGCCCGAGAGGCUCGAGCCGCCGCUAUCCGCCGGAAGGUAGUCCAUGCUCCGCCUCCAAACCAGGCUGACUCUCCCUGUCUGUGCAAGGACCAGAUUCUUGAGUUGUUAGAUAAUUGCAUCAAACUCGCCAGCGAAAAUAAAAUUAAUCAAAAGAAUACCUGGGAACUGAGCUUGAUUGACCAUCUAGGUGAGAUUAUUAAGGUGGAAGAAGAAAAUAAUGUGGAGACUAAUUUUCAAAAGGCAAGUUGCACUCUCGAAGCUGGAGUUAAGAUAUACUCAGCGAGGGUGGACUCACUGCAUUCAGAAGCAUACAAGGUUCUUGGUGGAAUUAAUAGAGCUGGACAAGAAGAUGAAGAUACCAUGGUGGAGGAUGCCAGCGUUCAAACUGGACAUAAGGAAGGGCACUCAAAGAAAGAUGUGGAGAAAAAGCUGUCACCUUUGUCAACACUGGAAUCCUCUUUUGAGGCACUUAAUUUGAAGAAAUUCGAUGUUGCAUUUGCCGUCGAUCCACUCUAUCAUCAGACAUCUGCACAAUUUGAUGAAGGUGGAGCUAAGGGUCUCUUGCUGAAUAAUCUUGGAGUAUAUGCUGGAUGCCGGGUUCUCUUUGAUUCACAAGAAGUACCAGGGAAGGGCACAUCAUGUGCAAACCAACAUUAUGAGUCAGAUACAAUUGACCUUUCUUUUAUCAGAGACUAUGUUGAACAGAUGGUACUGAACAUGCAAGUGAAGAAUGAAAUCUCACCAACCCUUAAGAUUAUCAUCAAUGAGUUUGAUGAAGAUAAUAGAAGGCCAUUAGAUACUCUUGGUUCUAGCCAGAAAGUGAUUGAUGAAGUUGAAGCUUUGAAUAAUAGUGAAGUUGAGUUCGAUGGUAGUGCAUGUGAGGAUUAUGGGACCUCUGCUUUUGAUCAUGAUGACCAGACCUCUGCUUUUGUUCAUGAUGACCGAUCAAGCAUUGUUGAUGAGAACAUCAGUGGUGUAGAUCCGACUUUUCCAAGUUAUGAUGAGGAAACUGAACCAUUUUCUUCUCACAACCCUGAUAUGGACAGAUUUGAGAAAGUUGAUGAACAUUUAUUUUUAAGUUUGGGAAUUUCUUCAAAACAAAAUGCUUGGGCAGGUCCUGAUCACUGGAAGUAUCGAAAAGUUAAAGGUCCUGUAGCAGAAGAUGAUCCUGCUUCAGAAAAUGCAUCACCAGUAACAAAUAAGAAAACAAGGAGUAAGAAACAAGCAGAACCUGAUAUAGAUUUCACAAAGGCCUUAGAUGAAGAAUUACCAGAUAUAUUUGCACCUCCAAAAAAUCCAAAGUCGCUAUUGAUGCCUGCAAGUAGAGCACAUUGUAAUACAAUGCUGCCUGAAGACUGUCAUUAUCAACCAGAGGAUCUUGUCAAAUUGUUUCUUCUACCUAGUCUAAUGUGCCUUGGGAAGAGGAGAAGAAGAAAGUCCUCAGUUGAAUCGAGAGAGGAAAGUGAUGAUUGUGAACCAUUACCAUCCUGGGGCGACGAAACAUUUGGUUGCCAAUUUGAUGACGGAAAUGAUCAAAGUGAUGUGGAGGACGGCACACUUGUCUCUCAGCCUCGCCAGAUACAAAAAAUUGAAGUUGAGUAUGACAGAACUUCUAAACAAGUUGAUGUUCAGACUUUGAAACAAACUAUAUGGGAUCAGAUACAGGAAUCUGCUCAAAUGGGUGUUGAGGGUCAAGAAGAGACACAAUCAUUCAGGCACCUCUUGGCGAAAUUUCCUACCGACUGCCGAGCUGCUGCAACUGUCAAGGAUAUCUCACCUCAUCUGUGUUUUAUAUGCCUAUUACAUUUAGCUAAUGAGCAUGGUUUGAGCAUCCACGGCUGCACCAGCUUGGACGAUCUUAGUAUACAGCUUCCUUCAAAUGGUAUGCAUUCAAGUAAUUACUGAAGUAUAAAGCAAUCAUAAUAUCUGUGAUGCUUGUGUAUGGUAUUUGUGUAAUUAGUGGAAGUGAUAACUGCAUGUCCUAAGCUUGUUGUGCCUCUCGUUCACACACUCAAUUGGGGUACCACAAAGUUGUAACUUUUUUUGUGAAUUUGUCUUGAUCUGUCUGUCUAUCUGCAUGCUGAUUGGCAGAUAACUAAUUUGAUAUAUGUCCAUCACAUCCUUCUAUCCUGUGCUUGAGAGUUGAGACAACUCUUUGGUUCUCCACGUGAAACACACAAUAGCAACGUGUUACACAAAAUAAUAAUAGUGGCGUCUUUGAAGAUUUUUGUU